AUGUUCAGCACCAUGAAACUCGCCCUCUGGUCCUCCUUCCUCGCCACAGUCCUUGCAAAAGGACCGCCAUCAUACCCAGGCGAUGUAGAAUUUUACAAAGGCUUCGAUCUGUCUUCGCUCAAGAUCCUGGAAGAUGGCGGUGCGAUCUACAAGGACACUUCGCAGAACAAUGCCACCAGACCCGUCGAAGCCAUCUUGGAGGGGAUGAACACUGUUCGUCUUCGGUUGUGGGUGCAUCCGACUGUUCCGUACGAUGGCGGAUACUACGAAACGUACAACCUCAAAUACGUCAAAGCAUUGGCAAAGCGUUUCUACAAGCAGGGGUAUCAUAUCUACUUGGACUACCAUUUCAGCGACUACUGGGCCGACCCCCAAAAGCAAUACCAACCCGCAGCCUGGCCCACGACCUUGAAGCCGCUCGCGCACACCCUCCGCAACUACGUCUCCCGCACACUGCAGUCUUUCUCCGACGCAGGCGUCGAGCUCUCGCUCGUCUCCCUCGGCAACGAGUUGCGCGACGGCAUGCUCUGGCCUCUGGGUCGCGUCUACCCCUUCAUCGAGAACGAAGACCAGCGCGUAGCCAACUUCAGCAACUUCGCCAUCCUCUACACUGCCGCUCGGAAAGGCGUCGACGACGCUGUCGCUGUUGGCGUCCAGAAACCACAAGUGAUGAUCCAUAUUGACAACGGUUGGGACCUCGAGCUGCAGGAGAAUUGGUUCGGCGCGCUGACGGCCGCGGGCGUGUCGGAAAGCGAGUGGGACAUUUUCGGCUUCAGCAUGUAUCCGUUCUACGGCACGAACGCUACGCUGGAGAAUCUGCAGAACUCCUUGAACGCGGUGGCGAAAAAGUACAACAAGCCGAUCCACGUCGUCGAGACGGAUUGGCCAAAUAAGUGUUCUGGACUUGAUGCGCCUGAGUUGAGCGAGCCGAGUGUUCCUGUUUCUGCGAAGGGGCAGAUCGAGUGGGUGAAGGACAUUGCGAAGGUGUUGAAGAGGGUUCCGAAUGGGUUGGGACAGGGCAUCAAUUACUGGGAGCCGGCAUGGUUGAACAACACAGGGUUGGGGAGUGCUUGCCAGAGCGCGAUUUUGUUCGAGGCGGAUUGGAGCGAGUUUCCUGCGGUGACUGGGUAUAGCUUGCCCAGUGCGAAGAUGUUCACCGAGAUUUAG